AUGGUGGAAGCCCUUGACCCCUCUCCUAGGGCCCAUCAACCGUGGCAAGCGGAAGAUUAUCUAGCAAAUGGCGACGAGAUAGCCGAAGAGAGCCGACAAUCUUCGAUCGCAAACCGUCUCCAGGAGCCGAGCGCGCCGGCCGGGGAGACAAGCAGACGGCCUUCUCCAGGUGCAGGUGCAUCCGAGUCGAUGCCUUGGCAAUCGUUUCCCCUUCCUGAUCCCUCAAGGACCAAUGCUCAUCUAUCGACACAAGAACUACAUGGUGCUUUGGCCGAGGAACAACUAUACAGGGAAUUGCGCAUUCUCGCACUUCCAGGCUCAGACCGUCGGCAGGGAAUAAGCACGCCGGCUGGGGAGACAAUCAGUUGGCCGUCUCCAGAUGCAAGUGCUUCUGAACUCUUCCCUUUUCUCGCUAGAAACCGCCUGGUCCCAAGCACCCAAGACCGCCGGGCCCAAUCCAGUGAUCCUUUUGAAAGAUACACCACCACCUUAGGAUACAUGCCUUACAACAGCCAACGGCAGUUACAGCUCCAAAGCUCUGGGCAGGAUACAGUCACGCUGGAGGAGGCUCUAAAAUUGCUAGCAGCCACAGCCGGGAAAUCUGGUGGACAUGCCGGAGCCGGUGAGCUUGAAAGAACCAGCAGCAUGUCAAAGAACCUUGAGGAUAUGCCAACUGGAGCUUCCGGUCACGAGUAUCACCUUUCCAAUGGCAAAACCGCCAAGAAAUUGAAUCACGACGGCAGCUCAACUUCCGAUACCGCCGGUCAAGAGAUAUCGCAUGUCCUGCUAGGCGAUCCAGGCCACAGCGCAUGUGUGAUUUGUCAUGAUGAGUUCAUGCCGUCUGCACCAGGAUGCAUGACCAAAGUUACAAGGAUCGAGCAGUGUGGACAUUACUUUCACCACGCCUGUAUCUACAAGUGGAUAGUCGAUUGGAUCAAGGAUAGCUGCCCGAUUUGUCGCGGACCACUAAAGCCAACCUGA